UAUGCCGCUUUAAGAGAGCGAAGCUAACUUGUAGCACUGGCUAGCUUUUGGUCGGCCAGUGGCUGAAGGUGAGGAGAUUCCGCUGAAAACAAGUCAGAACGGCCCAAUUCGGAAAACAUGGAGACGGAGCAAUCGGACGGCUGAGUUUUAACUUUGGGGGAUUUCGUUUUGAUCAAAGGACUUUUGAGACAACGCACAAGACUGUUUGGAUUCUCCGUAAAACUGACAUGAACAACCUGAAGAGAGUUUACACAAGAAUUUUCGUGGAGAAACGUGCUUUUCAUGGAUUUGGUUUAUAGGUAGCUAGCUAACGUUAUAUUUAGACUUUGGGAUUAUUGUUGCAAAGUUUCAAAUCAGGAUACCGACAGAAACAUUGUACUGCAGUGAAACGCGUUUUUCCAUGCUUGCAUUUCAGUAUUGUUUGCUUUAGUUCAGGGGACUACUUUGAAUUCACAAAGGAUCGUAAAGCCGAUGUGUUUUAAUUCGACGCGUUUGGGACGCCUGGUUGGGGGGAAAGGUUCUCCAUUUUCCAGACCUCAGGCUAACACCAUCGCUAGCUAGCUGGGUUAACUGUUAGCUGUCCUAAAAUUUCAGAGGCCUACUCCAUUCAGAGGUGUAAUGUUACUGGCGUUUAGUCGUUGGAAUAAUAGUGACUUUUCUACUGAAGGAUUGUUUCCUUCUUUUAACGCCAAAGUUCUUACAUUCUCAUGGUCACGAGGAACUAGUCCUUUGCUCUCAUUAAAUGCAUUGCUCUGUGAUAUCAAGCUAGCUAGUACGCUACCCGAAACAACUUAAGUUUAUUUAUCGAUUUAUGUUAAAAACAAAAUGAAAACAACACCUUGCAGUUGGUAAAACUAGCUGCAAAACGUCCAGUUGGGUUGAAAGUUUGCAAGUAGCGUGUUUAUUUCAGGCUGUUGGAGAAGCAUCCAAGUGGCCACGUUUGUAUGAAAUCGAACUGGAAGGAGCAUAAAAAUGUCCACUUUCAGCUGAUUUGAGACUCAUCCCAUGAAGCGCUAGCUAGCCCACUUGAUGUGUUUAGUUCGUGUUUUAUGCUAAAGACUUUUGCUGACAAAUGUUUCAAGUUGCUUACAAUUUACACUGUAUCUUUUGGAAACGAUCAAAGCACAAUUUGUUUUGGUUUUGAUAAAUGCGGGUGUUGGCAGUAUUACAGCGGCGUCGACGGGUGCAUGAUUAUCAGGGAAUGAAGAAUUGACACUACAUAACCAACUAGCUACGGCAAAUUAAGCUUACUUUUGCCAGCUAUUUAUUUACUUCCUGCUUGAGAGAAGACUGUUAGUUGUGUUUUUAUAUUUUGUUAUGUUCAAGCGGUGUUGUUUUAUUACCGACUGUUAAAUAUUUUGUUACUUUGUCUCCACUGAUUUGUUAGCUUGCUAGCUAGCUGGACUUGUUCAUCUUGCAUUUCUGACGUAUGUCCAGCUGCCGACUGCAACCGAAUACCAGCACACACGGACACGAAAGACACCUGUCGAUAAACCCUGAAUAGCGCAUUCAGAGUUUUCAAUUUAUUCCAUAAUUUCUCCUGAUUAACAUCUCUGGACGAUUCGAAUACGAACAAACGGACUUCGCCAUUGACGGAUGUUAGGGAUACAGCAAAAGUGGUGCACUGCUUCAUAUUUGUGAAGAUGCUCAUUGGAUGUAAACCGCUGGAAAAGUAGAUACGGAAGCCCAAUGAGUGACACACAGUCCACAAUCACUGACAGGUUUCCUAAAAAAGCAAACCGAAGCAGCAGUAUUCUCAGCAAAGACCACCCCCCAGACAAGAAGCCCAAGAGUGAUCGAGGCUCCCUCUCUCCGCCUCACGAGUUUGACCCCACAGGGCUUGUGCAGAGAUGCGUGAUCAUCCAGAAAGAUGAGAACGGCUUCGGGCUGACGGUGAGCGGAGACAACCCCGUGUUUGUGCAGCUCGUCAAGCAAGAUGGAGCGGCUAUGCGAGCUGGUGUUCAGACGGGGGACAGGAUCAUUAAGGUUAACGGGACCCUAGUUACACAUUCAAACCAUGUUGAGGUUGUCAAGUUGAUCAAAUCGGGUUCAUAUGUAGCACUCACAGUUUUGGGGCGCCCCCCCGGGCUCCCCCAGAUUCCGCUCAAUGAGGGGGACGCUGAGCUGUCCUCGCCCCUCUCCACCCUCCUCUCGGCUCACACACAGCCUCCCUCCUCGCCCCUCCACGCCUGGGAAGAGAAUAGUGGCAGCCAAAAGGUCGACAUCUUGCAGAGGAUGUUGUCGAAGGAGCAGCAGGAGUUACAGGCGUGGAGGGAGGAGUACCUUCGGCACCCCACCCCCAAACUGCAGCGGGACAUUCAGGAGGCCCAGAAGCACAUUCCACAUCUGCAGGACCAGAUUAGCAAAGCCAUCGCAGCUACGCAGGAUGUCCUGUGUUUGGGGGAUGGCGAUGAACGCGGUGUGGUUGAAUGGGACCAGAGCAGCAGCAGCACUGAAGGCGUUUGGAGUGGACAUCAGAACUAUCGGCCCUUCAGCUCUCCAGAUGGGGCGGGGCCCAGAGACGGUAGCUACCCCAGCUCCAGAAGCUCCGCCCCCACAGACAGUCCCCGUAGCGCCCCACGAAACAGCCUCACUUCCUGGAUGUCUCCAGAGCCGGACACAGAGGAAAACACAGACCUGGACCCUCACGCUGCGGUGGGGAGCCCCUCGUCUCGGCUGGGCCCCCAGAUCAUCGGCGCGGAGGAUGACUACUUCGACUCAGAACCUGAUCAGGUGAACGGCCAGUGCAGUUGUUUCCAGAGCAUCGAGCUGCUGAAGUCUCGCCCCGCCCACCUCGCUGCCUUCCUGCAUCACGUGGUGUCACAGUUUGACCCUGCCCCUCUGCUCUGCUACCUGUAUGCUGAGUUGUACAAAAACACCAACUCCAAAGAGACGCGCCGGGUCUUCAUGGACUUCCUGAACAUCUUCAUCGACCGGGCAGCUAACUUGAAAGUGCCGCUUCCUGAGUCGAUCUCCUCCGAGCUGGAGAAGAGGCGUCUGGAGCUGAUUCCAGAGGAGCUGCACAGGCAGUACAUUCAGCAGAUGCAGGAAAAACUCUUACCAGACAUACAGCGCCACCUAGAGGACUUCAGGCAGAAGCGCAGUAUGGGCCUGACUGUGGCUGAGGGGGAGCUGAUGCGUUUGGACACGGAGCGCCUGAGAGACCGAGUGGCUCUGGAGAGAGAGAGGACCUGUGCGGAGAACAUCAUCAGCAAGAUCGAGGAAGUGCUGUUGACCUCUCAGCCCCCAGAAGAAGAGAAGAGCUCCACCAUGCAGUACGUGAUCUUCUCCUACAUGAAGCACUUGGGCGUCAGGGUGAAGGAACAGCGCAACCUGGAGUCCAAACGAGUCCGCAUCAACUUCCUGCCCAAGAUCAAAAAAAGCACCAAACCUCCGGAGAAAGAGGGAGAGGAGAAGGUGAAGAAAACUCGAUUUCCCAGCAUCCUCGGACCACAGAGGCGUCUCAGUCGCAAUGAUACAACGUCAAUAGGCCGUGCGAUGGACCAGAGUAAGCAGCGGCCCCAGAAGCAGCUGUCCCAGCCAGUGAUGGGCGUGUCGGAGCCGCUGGAUGGGGGUCGUCUGCGGGGCAGCCAAUCCAGCGAGGGCUCAGAGCUCACCUACCCCACAGGCCUCAGCGGCUCCCCCCUCUACAGCCCCCCCACAGCCUCCUACGACCCCUCCGCCAGGGACUCGGACAGCGGAAUGUCCCCCUUGUCCGGGGCGUCACGGUUGUCUGAGGGUCUUCUCUCUGAGGGGAUGGACGGACCCCAGUCUCCCUCCAGCGGCCUCGACCUGAGCCCCAGCAACCUGGAGCAGCUACCGGAGGAGGAUAGAGAUAGUGACAGGUUUCUGGAAGGAGGGACACCCAAGAUGCUGAGGAGGCUGGGUGUGGUGGGCUCUGCAGAGACCCAGAGCGAGGAUGACCAGGGCUCAGAGAUGGACUCGGACCUGGACCGACCAAACUGGCAGCAUCAGGUGGGCCGUGAGGUUCUGGCCGGUCUCACGCCCCACCAGAUCAAGAGACAGGAAGUCAUCAACGAGCUGUUCCACACGGAGCGCACCCAUGUGCAGAAACUGAAGGUGCUGGACUCGGUCUUCUGCCAGAAGAUCACCCGAGACAACAUACUGCCCCCUGCUGACAUCAAGAGCAUCUUCACCAACCUGGAGGACAUCAUUCAGCUGCACGUCUCCAUAUCGGACCAGAUGACCUCCAUCCGAAAGAGGAACGACACCCCGGUGGUUGACCAGAUUGGAGAUGACCUGCUGGCCUGGUUUGGGGACUGUGAGGAGGAGCGGGUGAAGCAGGCAGUGGCCACCUUCUGCAGUAACCAGCCCUUCGCUCUGGAGCUCAUCAAGACCAAGCAGAAGAAGGACACGCGCUUUCAGCGCCUUGUGCAGGAGGCUGAGAGAGAUCGUCUGUGUCGGCGACUCCAGCUGAAGGACAUCAUCCCUGCUGAGAUGCAGAGAGUCACCAAGUAUCCUCUGCUCCUGGACGACAUCAGCAAAUACACAGAGGAGGCUGAGGAGAAGGAGAAGGUUAAGAGUGCAGCUGACUGCUGCAGGAGGAUCCUGAACUACGUGAACCAGGCCGUGAAGGAGGCUGAGAACAAACAGAGGCUGGAGGACUACCAGAGGCGAUUGGACCUGUCGUCUCUGAAGCAGAGUGAGAAUCCCAUGAUCUCCGAGUUUAAGAACCUGGACUUGACCAAGAAGACGAUGGUGUAUGAGGGCCCCCUGUCCUGGAAGGUCAACAAAGACAAGACCAUCGAGCUUUACACGCUGCUCCUGGAGGACAUCCUAGUUCUCCUCCAGAAGCAGGAUGAUCGUUUGGUGCUGAAGUGCCACAGUAAGAACCUGGCAGGAACCGCCGACACCAAACACAUCUUCAGCCCCGUCAUCAAGCUCAGCACAGUCAUGGUCCGAUCAGUCGCUACAGAUAACAAGUCCUUCUUUGUGCUGUCCAUGUCCGACAACGGAGCUCAGAUCUACGAGCUGAUGGCCCAGACCGUCUCCAAGCAGAGGACGUGGCAGCGUCAGAUCAGUCAGAGAGCAGAGGCCAUGAAGGUGAAGCCACACAGUGUCAUCCCCCUGCCUCAGCCGGAUGAGAGGGACGGUGUGGAGCUGAUCUCCUCAGGUGUGUCCAAACUAGGGAAGGACUCUGACCGCCUCUCUUCAGGGAGCAUCCACUCUACAGGAACGAUGAAGGCAGAUGAGGACGACGACGUCAUCCCAGAGGAAGGCCCCUUCCUGGAUGCAGAGGGGGCUGAUGGGAUAGCGUUCCUCCAGCCGCAUCAUCAGGGCGGAGCCACAGACGGCAGGGAUCUGGAGCCCUACAGAGCCGAGGAGGCACUCAAAACCUUGGCGUCGCUGAAGCAGGUGUUGCUGGCCCAGCUCAUGACUCAGGAGGAGAGUUCUCGCGGGGGCCGGGGAUCGGGCAACCGGCUCCUGAGGACCACGUCGCUGCGCACCCCCGCCGUCGACUCCCCCAGCAGGGCCACGCUGGAGAACGGCUCGGGGCGGGAGGCUGAGGCCAGAGCGGACCGAGGGGGACCACAGGACCUGGCCUCGGGGGACACGGGGUUCUUCGAGGCGGCUGAGGACUAUGCUGGGUACCUGGUGCUGGAGGGCUUCGGAGGCUCCCGGGAGAGCAGCACGGAUGACGAGCUGGCAGUGGGGGUGGGCGCGGGGGCCAAGGGCCUGGCUCUGUCCCGUGGCUGUGUGGGGGACUCGGGCAUCAGCCUGCGCUGCCCCUCGGGGUACCCCACCGGCAGCAUCUCCACCUUCAGCCGCCAGGUCUUCACACACCUGCGCAACCUGCAGGCCAGCCUCAACCAGCUCAAGGACAUGGAGACCAAGUACUUCAGUCUGCUCCGCCAAAGGCAAGCAGACCCAGCAAUGGACUCCGAGGAGGGGAAAGAUAAGAGAUAGUGCUUCCCAGGUCUCACUGCCCAGACAACCUGGGAGGACGUUCUCCUUCUCCUUCUGCUUCUCACACCUCCUCUCUCCUCAGCCCUGGGCUCUCUCCACCUCGCGCUCUGUCUCUCACUCGCUCUCUCUCCACCUCGGUCUCUCGCUCGCGCUCUCUCUCUCUCUCUCUCCCUCCACCUCGGUCUCUCUCUCUCUCUCGCUCACCCUCAGUCUCUUUCUCUUUCUGUCCCUUCUUCUAUUUAUCAUUCUAUAACUCUGUCACUAUCUCAGCCCCUCUACUGGGUUAUCCUUUCUCAUCUGCCCGUUCACAUUCCCGCCAAGAGAUUUCCCCCAGGGCACAGGAAAGAGAGGGAGAGGGGGAGAGAGAGAGCGAGAGUAGAGAAGAGCGGAGGAAAAGAAACAAGAAGAAGAAGAAGAAGAAGAAGAAGAAGAAGAAGAAGAAAAAGAAGAAGAAGAAGAGGAGGAGGAGCUUGAGCCUGUUUCUCCUCCUCUGAUGGCAAAAGGCAAUCAGGGAUGACGGACCUGCUCCCUCCCUCCAGCUACCCCAAAAUGCCCCCUGCCCCCUCACCUCGUGCCUGCCCAUGUUGUUGUAUGUCCCCUGCCCUCCCCCCACCCAUAGGGGCUUACUCACCCCCCACCCCCUGUCCCCUGCCCUUGCUAACAAGACCGAGAACUUGUAAACCAAAUUGUACAAAGUGCUGUGUGUUUAGGAUAUAUAUAUUAAACACAUAAAAGUAGAAGACAUUUAAAAAAAAAAGGAAAAAAAAAAGAAAUAAAAACUUAAGUAAUGUAUUAAGGUUUUUUUUAAUCCCAAAUGUAUUUAUUUUUCUGUCAUGUUUUUUGUUUCUAAUUGUCUCUCCCGUGUUGCGUGCAUGCUUUGGGCUGUCGGGCCUGCAGAGAGGACUAGCCUAAGGCCUCCCCCACCCCACCCGACCCCUCCCCCUGCCGACCCCUCCGUGACCCCUCCGCGACCCCUCCCAGACCCCUCCGGGUGUGAGCACGCGGGCUGAAGUGCCGAUCAGGACUGUGAGCACAGAAUUGCACUUGAGUAGAGUCCCCAAGGACAGGAAGUACAGCUGCUCACAGCCAAUCAGAGAGGCUGGUCAGCUGCCCGUGUUCCUGUCC